AUUUAAAUUAAACUUUAUUGCAAUGUUUCUACUUAAGUGCUUUAACUAAAGUUGCUUAUUUAUGAAUUAUCAAUAAAAGUGUUGAAAAACGACAGCCCAGUCUGUGACGACGCCAUUUUGCGCCGCAUUUCAUACAUAUAUUUUAGAAAUAAAGCUGGUAGUAUGUGCUACAUCCCUUUCUUUUUUGUUGACUCUCAUAUGAAGGAAAGAGUAGGCUGCAUUAUGAUAUAACUUUCUCCUUUGGGUGUGUAAUAUAGGUACCUAUGAAGAGAAUUUUUAUUCGUAUAAUUUGUAAACAUGGAGGCCAAGUGUUAUUGGUGGAGUCUAAAGUGAAGCACUAACGAUUGUAUUCUACAGUUUUGAUACAGUUUAACUAUACCAAGAUUGCAAUCAUGUGUGCCAGUAUCCCGUAACUGAAAUGACGAUUUUUUUGUGUUUUUAUUUGGAAACAUCUUGACCAACCUUGAAAUAUGGGCAUGGAGUUGCCGAAAACUCCUGGCUCCAGUGGUGAAUCGGAUUCCAACAGCGACUCUGAGAACAGCAGUUCAAGUGAUUCCUCAGUCAGUGACUGGGAGUGCUCCAGCAACAAACAGAGUACUGCACGCAAACCUCAUUUCUCAGUCACAUCCUGCGAUACUGGUUUAAAACUCAAAAUUGCAGCAAUUCCACCCAGGAAAGUUGCACCAAAAAAAUUGGGUGUAAAACCUUCAGUUAAAAAGAAACCUCUAGAAGUGACAAAGCUUUCAAAGGCUAAGGAGAAACCGGUUUUAAAGAAAAAAGGCAAAUCUCAACUCUCUGAUACAUCUUCAAGUUCUGAAUCUUGUAAAUGUUCAUCGAAUUCAUCAAGUGAUGAUGAUAUACCACUGAAAACAGUCUCUAAGACAUUACUACCAAAAGCAUCUCCACAAAAGACUCCCGUGAAAAGUUCUAAGGGUGAAAGUGAGGAAGAUGAGAGAAGUGAGAAAGACAAUAACAAGGACAAGCAAAGUGCUUCAAAGACUAAUGUUGUGAAAAAGAUUAAAAGUGAUGAUGUUAACCAAGAUGCUGUUGCAAAGAGGGGACGUGGCAGGCCUAAGACCAAGUUCCCGUCACCGGCCGCCGAGAAUGUUGCUUGCGGUAGCAGCACAUCUUCGUCCACAUCAUCUUCGUCAUCGUCUUCGUCCUCGUCAUCGUCGUCAUCGUCAUCCGACUCGGACACUGCGGACGCCGCUGGCGGCUCCGCACACGCGUCCGCCGAUGACUCUAGUGCUGCGCUCGUUGCUGCUUGUCAGCUUCAGGUCAUCGACGAUGCAGACCUCGCGGAACUAUUUCCAGAGCAAGCAUCGAACGCGCCUGCGCAGCAACCCAACUUUUCUACGUUUUCUGUUCACAAUGCCUCACCGGAAAACGACGAUAAGUCCAUCGCAGACAACGGUGACGGUUCGAGCAGUGAAAUGGAACUUACGCCUCAGUUGGUGACCGCUGCUAUUCAAAGAGCUACUGCUGAUUCAUCUAGUUCAGAAAACGAAUGUUCUAAUUCUGAACCAGGGCAUCCUAGCACAACUCACUACGCUUCGAGUCUUUUACAGCAUUUCGAAGCUCAAACACAGCUAAUUAGUAGUAGCACCACGCCUUUAGCAUCUAUAAGCGCUGGGGCUUCAUCGGCGUUAACGUGUGGAUUGAAUUCGGAUCCUAUUGAAAGCGUUGGCAUAAGUGAUUGUGUUCUAGGACAAAUUAAUAACUUGCCAGAAAUACCACCUAUUACUCCAAACUUUUUAACGGAUGCUCAGCAUCUAAGUCCACAGCAAACAGAAGAACUCAAUCAAAUAGAUAAAGAUCUGGAAGAAAUAACUUCUGUCACCGAAGGAAUGACAAUACCAAAUCCUAGUUUAGAUGAUUGUGUUGACAACAAUGAUUUUAUGAGUUUAGAUAUAACACAAAGUGGUUCAGAAUUAGGUAACGCAAACGAUUUAUUAAAAAGUUCUCCAAUUACUAUGGUUGGAACAGAUAUGAAUCAUCUCAGUCAUAUAGAUACUCAAAAGUUAGAUACUAUGAGCACAAAUUCUGUUGAAUCUCAAGAGGAUGUAAAAAACGUUAUUGUAGAAUCGAGAAGAAAACGAGGUAGACCUCGAAAAGUAAAGAAAGCAGAAGAACAAUUCCUUAGGAAAAAUCUAGAAUCUCGGAAAGAAGAUAAAUCUGCCGUAAAUGUAAUCAAUUUUCAUAAUAAUAAUGAUCCUCCAAAUGUUUCACCAGAUUCCGGUAUAUUGUCGAGUCAUAACAAUUCUCCCGCGCAUUCGCCUUUAGGUCAGCAUGGUGAAGAUGAGAGUCAUAGCAGGCUAGCUAGGAAAUCAAUUCAAAAAGAAAACACAAGGGAAAGACGGCCAGUAAGAUCAAAAUCAAAAAGUAGAAAUAAAGCACAUAAUAGAUCUGACUCUAGUGACUGUGAUUAUCAGAAGAAGAGGAUAGAAAAUGAAGUGAAAAAAAUUAAAACUGAAGCUCCAUCUCCCGUCCCACUAAAACAGGAGCCAAAUAGGUAUGAAAAGAACAAAAGAAGUGAGCAAAAGUUAGAUAUUGCAGCUUUGGAUAGAAUGUUGUAUGCUACUGACAAAGUAUUGUAUCCACCUAGAAAAAAAGUAGGUCGUAAACCUCAAAGUAAAACGAAACCUACGACGAAAACGACACCCAAAACUUUAAAAGAUAAAAAUCAGUACGACUCUGGAGAUAGUGAUGACGAUUCAAUGCCAUCAAACAGAUCAGUUUUAUCAGGAGUUUACGCAAAAAGAAAAGAACUUAAUAGUAAACUCGCUAGUUUACCCAAGAAGACAAGUAAAAGCUUUACAAAUACAUGGAGAGAUCAUCAAAGUGAAAAUGAAGCGGCUGGGGAUGAUCCUCUUGAUCCUACUUGGAAACAAAUUGAUCUGAAUCCUAAAUACAAAGAUAUAUUAUCUGGUUACAAAAGUGAUCAUGAAUUUAAGCCUUAUAGGAGCUGUAGUAGGGUGAUCGAAUCGGGAUAUAAGAGCGAUUACGGGUGUAGGUCCGGUUAUAAAAGUGAUUUUUACCGCUCGGGUUAUAAAACUGAUCAUAAAUCUGGAUACAAAAGUGACAAGUCAGGCUAUAAAACAGAUUAUAGCGUGAGAAGUAUGCGUAGGCGCACGAGAAAAUUAAAGAAGACUAGAUCUGUUAGAGACAGAUCCUAUUAUAAAAAUCAAAAACACUUUGUAUCUGAUCAAGAAAUAAUAUUACUGACAAAUAAAACUUAUAGUUGCCUUAAUUUAGGGAACAGUUCUAGCGAUUCUGAAUGUGAUACCUAUCUACGAAAACCCAGUGCUAGUCCUAAAUAUGUAAGCGUUUGUACUAAAUAUCCAUUGCCUCAAAAAUAUGACUUUGGAUUUUCGAAAAUGAAUAGGAAGCAAGUUCUGCGUGUUAAUUCGUCUGACCCUUUUGCACCGGGUCCUGUAUUCAGUGGUUUACAGAGGCCAGUGACAACGUAUAAUAUUUUUAAAGUGAGUCACAAUAACAAUAAUACACUUUUAAAAUCACCGACAAAAAGUAGUUACAUAGGAACUCCAUUACCCGCUUUGAAACCAGUAUUUGCACAUAAAUUUGGAGCCUCGCCAAUAUGCACAGUUGCCAGAGCAAGUACGAAGAAGGACAAUCAUUCACCAAGAAAUCUGUCACCCAAAAGCCGGAAACAAAAAAACUGUAAUGUUUUAUUUCCAAAUCCUACUAAAAAAGAAACUUAUGUCAAACCGCUUCCAAGCAUAUUUGAAAAAGCUAAAAAUAGUUACAUACCGAAUAAGUCUUUAUUACGAAAUGUAUUUCUUAAUUUAAAGAAACCUCAUAUUAAACCAUCAUUUCACAUUAGAAAACACAGAAGAACUGUUGUUCUUGCACCACCAAAAAUUAAUUUGAAACAAAUAGAAAGACCAUCACGGAUUACAAUAAAAACAGAAAAUAGACAUCAUAGACACAGAAGCAAACGAAGACAUCGUUCAAGAUCUGUGUCCAAAUGCCGCGAGUCCUAUUCUAAGGUCUUAGAUUUAGUAGAUCAAAAAUUUUGUCAAGAUAUGGAUAGUUUGGUUUCAAAUUUUAUUAAAUUAUGCCAAAUUGCUCCAAUGAUUGCUAAUGUCACACAAAACCAGACCAAAAGCAUGGAUAAGUCUAUUGCCGAACCCGCUCCACCAAAAGUUGUAAAAAGAGGAUCAAAAAAACGAAAAACCUCAGAUAAUCAAGAGACAGCAACUCCUACAUCAAAAAGAAGGCAUAAAAAGCAAUUGGCCGAAUCUCAGAACAAAGGAGGCAAAGAUACCAAUGAACAUAAACUGCCACUAAAGAAGAGGCAUUACCAUAUUAAUUCUUCCACCAGCAACUCGUUGAGUCUUAGUUUAGUUCCAACAGAAUUUGAUGAACAUUCAAAAAAUGGUUCCAGUCCCGAAAAAAUCUUAUGCACUGAAAUUGACUGUUUGGGUGAAGAAUCUCAUAAAGCUAAGAUUUCACAUGAAAAGGGCAAAAAAGGUAGCGAAAAUUCUAAAAGUUCGGUAAAUUCAAACAACAAUAAUUUAACCCAGGAAAUCAAGAAUCAAUCAGAUAUUACAAAACUAUCAAAAAUAAGUGUGGGCACGUCUACAGAGUCGGCCGUUAAUGCUUUAGUUGAUCUGGUUAACGAAAUAAAUACGACGACAGGAUCAAAAAAUAAUUUAAUUUCAUUUGAUGAAGAAAUCGCUUCUAAAAAACGCAGUCCUGAACAAUCAGAACUAUCAAAAAAGAUUAUCGAAACAUCGGAAAAACUUAAAGCUGUAGAUAAAUUGGUACAAGACUUAGAAAAAUCUUUACCAAAAUCAAAGGAAAAUGAUACCAAAGCCGAAUCAUCUAAACAAGAAGCCCACAAAAUAUCAUCACCACGAUUAGAGACCAAACAAUCACCUAUUAGAAACCCUGCUCCAAUUGUUACUCCAAAGAAAAGACAUAGGCUGGAAGCAGAUAAAGUUAUUUCAAAUUUAAGUUUACAUCACGUAGUGCAAUCUUUGUCCAAAAAAUUAUCAGAAGAUGAAUCAAGUAACUUGAUUAAUGUAAAAGACGUUAAUCAGAAUAAUAAAGACAUUGCUAAUAGUGAGAAAUCGGAUACUGCUUCGCCCAAUAAUUCUGGUACAAUAAGUAAUACCAGUGUAGAUCCUUUAAAAAGUAUGUCAGCGCGCUCACUCUAUAAAAGUUCUAUACCUCCCGCGCAAAAAUCAGAGAUUAUGACACGCAAGAAAAAUAGACUUGAAGGUCUAACCAGUAAUCUAGUCUCCAAAAUUAAUCCAAGUGCAGCUACAAAAGUAUUAGAUACUUUAUUGAACAACAAUAUUCGUAAAUCUAUCGAAUCCCGUAUAUUAGAAAAAGAAAAAACUACUGAUAGUAAUAUCAAAUUACCAGAUGAUAAAAAACAGAAAGAUAGUUCGCAAAUGAAUACUCGCGCAACUGUGAUAAAGUCUCCCGUAUCAAAAGGUAAAGUUAUUGACACGAAAAAGGGAAAGUCUCCAGACCAAAUAUCAGAGCAAAUUUUAGUCGUCGAAGUUGAUAAGCCGACAGGAAUAUUUGAACCGUCAGUUGAUAUAGAAGACCAGAUACCUAAAUCGUCGAUAUGUGUAAACAAUUUAAUUGCCGAUGCCAAUAAAUCUAGAGGCAAGACUAGGAGUGAGAACAAACAUGCCAAUGCCUUGUUAAACCCAAUUGAUACCGAAACCGAAAUACCACUAGCACUCCUUUCAGAAACUUCCGAUCCUAUUAUAAGACCAAAAAGAGGAGAAUCAAUAGCAUCAGUUUUAUCUGACAAAAUACAAGAAACAACAGGAGGUCACAAUUUACGACAACCUAAAAGAAAUAUAGUGAGCGAAAGUGAAGAUUUGAGCGACAACAAAAAGAAAAAGAAGACAAGUAAUAUCAUCCGAGAAAGCAAAUUAGUUUUGCCUCCUAAAAUGUUGAUUCCAAAAGUUCAAGCUGAAAGACUACCAAUUAUGGCAUCAACGAAGAAAAUAACAACCGUCGAGAAAAAAUCAAGUGUCAAUGAAUCCUGUGAAAAUAAAGCAGCGGAAGUAUCAAAGAAAAAGGCACGACGGCGGAAGGCUAUCAAUAGAACUGGUUUUCCUAGCAUAAAGAAGAAAAAGAAAAAGGUCGAGCCAAAUAUUCUGAAUUUGACCUCUGACAGUCAUUUUACAUCCGAUACAGACAAUAAUUCUGCCUUUGAAAGAGUUCCAAAAGACGGAGAAGCCAUGAGCAGUUUCUUGGAAAGAACUACUAGUAAGAAACCAGAGCUAAAAGUAGUGCUUAAUAAAGAAGACUGUCCUAAACAGGGGCGUUUAACAGUGGUCGCUCUUGAAAAACUACAGGGCAAAGAAAUUGUUACAGAUAGCAUUAAAAACAGUACUAAAUCUGAAAACAAUGAACCAGUUGAGAAGAAAAACACUGGCUCUUCUAUUUUGAGAGCUCCAUCGCUUCAAUUGAAAAAUAAAGCUGAAAAAGAACUGAAAAAUCAUGUAAAUAAAUGGGAGGUGCUCAGUGAGACUGACAGUAUUCCAUCAUUAGCUAGUUCAAUUAGCAAUGACCCUGAAGAUAGCAUACCUUUAAGCUUAUUAAAUUUGAAAUCAAGUAGGCCAGGAAGUAGACUUGAUAGUUUGGAAAGACUGAAACGUAAAACUAGGGCGAUGUCUCCGUCACAAGAAAUAGAAGAAAUAUUUUCAAAGCGAAAGCUGGUAGAGAGAAAUCAUAAAGUUGCACUAAGACCAAAGUCCAGCUUAGCUGUGCUCUGUCCUACUGAGAAAAGAUUGACUCGGAGUUCGGAUAUAUCUAAUGAUGAGCAGAAAACUGUUAAAAAUAAGAAAGUCGACAACAAAAAGGCAUUACCAGAGUCUGAUGAAAAAUGUGAGAAAGCUAUGAGUAUUGUGACAAGAAGGAAGUCUAGAUCUUGUCAAGUCAAUAAGAAGAUGCGAGAGGUACAAUCGAGUUCAAGAGAGAGUUCACUGGAUACUAUUGUAAGCCGAAGACUGAAUCCCAAAUCCCGAGAGCCUUCUUUAGAUACGCUCCGAGAUCACGACGAGAACGAUCCUUUGCCGCUGAAUGAGAAAGAGAUAGACUUUGAAAAGAGUAUUGAUGUUCUUUCGAAGAGUAUUAUUUGCAAGAAACGCGUUGCUUCAUCGCGUGACGAUAGUCCAGCUAGCAGCGUGGAUAACAGAGAUAAACCUGUCGUGUCUAAACGAAACCCGCGGUUGAGGAAGAAAUUUUUGGUUGCGGGUCUAUUUUCCGAUUACUACAAGGAUGAUCCAAAACCGGAUGGCAAAGGCAAGAACCUGGUGACGCAGACUGAAUUCCCGCCGGGCUUGUUGUCUCCGCCGCCGUACUGCGAACGUUGGGUGCGCCGACGCAUGGUACACUUCACGCUGCCGUACGACAUCUGGUGGCAGCAACACUACAACCAACCCGUACCGUCGUGGAACUACAAGAAAAUUCGCACUAACGUAUAUUACGAUGUGAAACCAUCUGCGGAGGAAUGCGAGAGUGUGGCUUGCAACUGCGCGCCGUCUUCGGGCUGCAACGAGGACUGCAUCAAUAGACUCGUAUUCUCCGAGUGUUCUCCACAGCUGUGUCCCUGCGGUGACAGGUGUAAAAAUCAGCGGAUCCAGCGGCACGAAUGGGCGUCCGGCUUGGAGAAGUUUAUGACUGAGAACAAGGGCUGGGGCGUGCGCACCAAACACAAGAUCACAUCGGGCGACUUCAUAUUGGAGUAUGUGGGGGAGGUUGUCUCUGAUAAAGAAUUUAAGGAGCGCAUGGCCACACGGUACGCCCGCGACACUCACCACUACUGCCUCCACCUGGACGGCGGUCUCGUGAUCGACGGGCAUCGUAUGGGCGGCGACGGACGCUUCGUCAACCACUCCUGCCGCCCCAACUGCGAGAUGCAGAAGUGGACAGCCAACGGUACAUUCAGAAUGGCGUUAUUCGCACUGCGAGACAUCGAACCAGACGAGGAGUUAACUUACGAUUACAACUUCUCGCUGUUCAAUCCUGCAGUCGGUCAGCCUUGCAAAUGCGACUCCGAAGAUUGUCGAGGCGUGAUCGGUGGUAAAUCGCAGCGCAUCACCAAACAACCGCUCAAGACUCAAUCCCGGACUCCAUCCAACAAUUCCACUCAAUCUUUAGUCUCCAACCAGCCUAGAGUCGGCCGCCCGAGGAAAGCGGUCAAAUGUAACAAGAAAUCUGAACAAUUGACUGUGACAGCGUGCGAUAUAAAGAACAUGACGAUACUGAAGUACCAGCAGCAUUUGAAUAAGUUAUGGCAAGAACCACAGAUGAAACCGCUCACGGCCAAAGAGAGGAAUUUGGUAAAGGAGAGGCAUUGCUUCUUGUUCAGGAAUUUGGAGAGUAUGCGUCGAAUAAGAGACCGCCUCGCGCUAGGCUUGCCCCCGUCUCCGCCCGCCGCCCCCGCCGCAGCCCCCGCUCCCCCCGCAGCCGCCGCCCCGCCGGCGCCGCCCGUCGUCAACGUGAAUCCUCUAGCUUUACCUGACACCAUGAACCCUGAAGUGUUCCUCUCGAGAUUACAAGCCCUGAGGUCGCCUCGCCGUGCCGGUAUGAAAGUACUUCGCGUGGAAGAUGAAGAAGAGUUGGCAAAAAUGUCGCAGAAGGAACGAAGAGCGAAAGCUCUCACCGCUUUGUACACGGCUGUCAUAUCUGUUAAAGACGAUAAAGACAAGCCUCUCUGCACACCGCUGCUCAAGUUGAAGCCGAGCAAGUCCAGCGAAGGGGUCGCAUCAUCGGCCGAUUUGUCCAGCAUCGAGGCCAACAUAUCGGGCGACCAGUACGAGUCCGUGUCGCAGUUCGAUGCUGAUAUGAACGCGGUGUUCUCGGCCGCUAUACGCGACCAUGGAAGAUUAUCUCCUUUGGGGAUUUUGGCGACACAGUUGAAAAAGACAUAUAAUUCUGCUAAGUCAGACUACGCGGAACAGUUGACUAAAUUGCUUGGACCUGACGAGCCGCUGCCACCUGGGUUCUUGCAGAAAUCUAAAGCUGAGGAGGUGAUCCUGUGCACGUGCGGGCUGCACGUGGAGGAAGGGCUGAUGGUGCAGUGCGGUGGUGCCGGCUGCGGCGUGUGGCAGCACGCGCGCUGCCGGGCCGUGCGCGACACGCGCGCGCCGCACUACUGCCACCACUGCCGCCCCGCGCAGGUUGACCGCGAGAUCCCUCUAGACGAGUACACGGAUGAAGGUCACCAGUUCUAUCUCUCUCUCAUGCGGGGCGACCUUCAAGUGAGACAAGGAGACACGGUCUACGUGCUCAGGGAUAUUCCCAUUGACGAGAAACACCCGGAUGUCAGCCAGAAGAACGGUGAUAAAGCAGACUCGCCCAAGACCAAGCGAGUUGAUAGGAAGAAGGUCAAGAAUAUUGGCAAGGGGAAUAAGGAGGAAACAAAUCAGAAUAAGGAGGUGGAAGUCCGCAAGCACACUUACCAGACGAUCGGCGAGAUCCCGGUAUCAGAACUGGACAUUUUCCGUGUAGAGCGUCUGUGGAAACACAAGGACACACAAGAGAGAUACGUGUACGGCCACCACUACCUGAGGCCGCACGAGACCUUCCACGAACCUACUAGGAAGUUCUUCCAUAAUGAAGUGAUGCGUGUUCCCUUAUAUGAAGCAGUCCCCAUCGAGCUGGUCAUGUCACAGUGUUGGGUCAUGGACCUCAAUACUUACUGCAAGGGUCGUCCCGUGGGUGCAUCGGAACAACACGUGUACAUCUGCGAGCUACGCGUGGACCGCACGGCGCGGCUGUUCUCUCGCGUGGCGCGCCCCAAGUACCCCAUCUGCACUAAAGCAUACGCCUUCGAUCACUUCCCUACGAGACUCAAGAUUACCAGGACUUAUGCGCCCCACGAGGUGUCGCCAGAAUACCUGAAGGGAAGGGCGGCAAAGAGCGCGGCGCUGCCGGAGAAGAACAAUAAGACUGUGAACAACAAGGAGCAGAAGAAGAAACCGAUGCUGGCCUUACCAGACUCUAAGAGCGGCGCGUCGUCGCAGUCGCCGGAAGCGCGCCGCGCGCAGCAGAAGGAGCGCGUGAACAACAUCGCGCGCGGCCUGCUGGCCCGCGGCGGGCCGCGCGCCGCGCUCGACGCCUCCUACCUGCUGGCGCCGCGGCGGCCGAGGCUCCGGGCCUCUUGACCGCCACAGGACUCGCCCUGUGGAACUUGCCGCGUCUGCGUCGGCUGCCGCGGGGAUAGACACAAGUGAUAGUUAGUGUACACACGUGACAGUCAUACUUUCAGCAAUGACGGCGAUCGACACGCCUUUCAACUUCUUUCGCCGACGAGAGAAGCACAAGUGUUAAACAUGUUGGAAUCAAAAAAGAUAGACAGUUUAUGUGCACCAGUUAAGUGUAUCCUUACAGAAGGCAGCCUCCAAGCUGUUAGUCGUCGCUUUGUACUGAUUAUUCAGGCCUGUAUGUUCAUAGACCACAUUGAACCUCAUGCUCGACAUAUUUUGGCACCGACGAGGACACACCGGCGACGAAGGUAGACCUUUCUGUAUUGCGUUGUUCUUGGCUAUAUUGCCUUAA